UACCCUUUUAUGGCACCCACGAUUGUACCAAAGCCCAACUCCUCCUCUCUUCUUCAUCCAUGUAUAUAUUAACAAUGGACCCCUCAACUGUCAGAACUUGCAUUACCACCAGACUUAGCUUUCUCUUCUCCCCCCUGAAUAAUGAAAUUUGAAGAUCUUUUGGUCCAACAAAGUGAGGAGCAGCAGAUGGAACAAAGCCACGGAGAGAAGAUGAAGCUGCUUCAUCUUGAAGAAGAGGUUGUGAAAUUGCAAGAAGAACUAGAUGGGGAACAAGCACUCAACAAGGUUUUACAGUGUGCUCUACAAGGUCCUGUGGUUUCACACCCAUGUCCGGCCACAUCGCUACCGCCUCAAGUUCAGGAGCUUCUAGCGGAAAUGGCUAUGGCGGAAGAGGAAAUUCUGUGGCUAGAAAGAAAGAUUGAAGUGCUAAAAUUCAGCUUGUAUGAAGAAAAGAAGCAAACCAAGGAAUGGCAAAUGCAGCAGGAGCAGCAAUUCAGGCAGAGGCAUCAGAAUCACUUGCUGUGUGGACAGGAUGAUCGGUCGGUGCUUCACAACACAUUCCAUCAUCUAUCCACAUCACAAAAUUACGACCACCUUAAAAGAGGGAAAACAAGAAGCUACAGAAGAGCCUCAGUCGGCUCUGCAUCAGAUAUAAUAAGUAUGUCUUCUGCAGGAUCAAGAGCCGAAGAAACUCAUGAAGUGCCAAGGAAGCAAACCAGACCAAGAAACCAUUAUCCCGUUCACAAAGAAAUUGGAAAUGACAAUCCAAAUGAGCUCUCAGAGGAACUUAUCAGAUGCCUAAUAGGCAUAUUUCUUGAGCUAAACCAGGCAACACAGGAUGGAGAAGGAUCAGCUAAUGUUCCAAAGCUUGGUCUCUCCUGCAUGAAGUCCAGAGGCCUCACGUCAAAGAAUAUGAUCAACCACAAAGCAUUCCUGUCUCCCUUCAACCAACAUAUAUCCAAUCCUGAUCCUUACAGCAUUAUGACAGAUCUAGAUGGCUCUGUCAGGGACAUUGGAGCAUAUAAGAACUUCAUCCAAAUCACCAGAAGCUCGUUAGACAUCAGUCGGUUCUCAGUGUGUUCGCAAAGUAUCAGAAAAUUAAGGAGUUUGAUGCAAAACUUAUGCAAUGUGGACUUGACAUUCUUGACAUACAAGCAGAAGUUAGCAUUUUGGAUCAACAUUUACAAUGCCUGCAUAAUGCAUACAUUUCUAGAACAUGGGUUGCCUUCCACACAAGACAAACUUCUUACACUGAUGAACAAGGGUGCACUGAAUGUGGGUGGGAUAGUACUGAAUGCUCUGGCCAUCGAGCAUUUUAUCCUCCGUCAUCCGUGUGAAUCAAAACAUAAGGGACCUAUGGAUGAGAAGGAAAUGCUACUACAGCAUGCAUAUGGUCUGGGGUAUCCAGAGCCUAAUGUGACAUUUGCACUUUGCCGAGGCAGUUGGUCCUCACCAGCAUUAAGGGUUUUUAGCCCAGACCAAGUGGUGAACGAACUGGGGAAAGCAAAAGUAGAGUACCUGGAAGCUUCAGUUGGAGUUACAAGCAAAAGAAAGAUUAUUGUGCCCAAGCUUCUGCAAUGGCAUAUGCAAGAUUUUGCAGAUGACAUGGAAUCAUUGCUAGAAUGGAUUUAUAGCCAACUGCCACGCUCUGGAUCACUAAAACGAUUAAUAAUGGAGUGCCUGAAUGGAGAAACAAGAUAUUCUACCACAAAAAGGGUAGAGGUUCAGCAAUACGAGUCUGAGUUCCGCUACCUGCUACCCUUGUAGGUUAUGAAAAGAGGAACGAAAAAAGAGAGA